CAGUUUCCAGCAAGAUGACAGGCUUUAUAGUGGGAGGGCAGCAAGCCAACAUGAGGGAGUGGCCCUUCAUAGCCUACCUGCUUGCACAUAAGGGACGCGAAUCGGUAGCUGCGUGCGGAGGGUCGCUUAUAAGCUCUCAGACCAUUUUGACGGCGGCCCACUGCCUUGAUGACGUCACCAAUAGAAAGAAGGAUAUCGGGCAAAUCAAAUACGUCAUCUACAUGGGCCACCGUCUCCACCGAAGAGCGACCAUGCGUCGGGACAUGUUAGAUUACACGACCCACGAAAAUUAUGAUCCUGAUGACGUAUACUACGAUAUAGGGAUCAUGUUCCUCGCGAAUCCAGUGCAGUUCUCUCAUACAGUUAAGAAGGUGGUGCUGAUGAAUAAGGAGAUGGAACGGUAUAUGGGGCAAGAAGGGGGGUUGGCGGUGGCUGGCUGGGGCAGAUUUGGGUCGGAUUCCCCUGGCAGUGAGUUCCUGAAAAGCCUGGACCAGACGCUUCUGAACCAGGACCUAUGCUACCAGUAUAUUGACGAGACUGAACAAGCGCCGGGAAUUAUUUGCGGUACCAAACAUGGGGAGGUCAACUCAACGGAGUACGCUUUUAGUGGUGACUCCGGAGGCCCACUAGCGCGGCCUCGGGACCAGCGGCUGGCGGGGCUGGUGUCCUGGCGGAUGGAGUCCCACGGGGUCACCGUGUACACCAGCGUACCCUUUUUCUACUCCUGGAUAGAGGACACGCAGCGAAACUUGUUUAGGCGGUACUGUAAGACUGGAUAG